AUGAUGGCUACUUCUUUAAUAGUAUUAUUAAUAUCAUUUUGGCUUCGAUGCACAAUAGCUUAUGGAUACGAGUUUAUAUCACAAUAUCCAAUUCAUCAAAAUGAGACAUUCCAAUUUUAUCAUCUUGUUGUUGACAAAAUUAGUGGUCAAGUCUAUGCUGGUUCAUUGAAUUGGCUACAUCAAUUGAGUCCAGACUUGAAACCGAUACAUGUAAUCCGAACCGGCCCUAAACUGGAUAACCCGAUGUGUCAUGCCAGUGGAUGCCCAUCUCCCGACAUUCAAACGACCUGGAUCGACAACGUGAACAAAAUAUUGGUUAUAGAUCAAGAGUCCAGAAUAGUAUUAGCAUGUGGAUCAGUGGCUCAAGGAUCUUGUUAUAAAUACAAACUGGGCGAUUUAUCAGCAGAACCAGAAUUUGUACCUGUUAGCGUCGCUGCAAACGAUGCUGAAGCUUCUACUUAUGCUUUUAUUGGUCCUGAAAGAUACAACUCCUGGGACCGUUCUAAUGUAUUAUAUGUUGGUACAACCUUUACUAAUAAUGGAGAAUACCGUCAUGAUGUCCCUGCGAUCUCAAGUCGUGAUCUUAUGACACUUGAACUGGCCCAAUUUACAUUUUCUAAACAAAGUUUGAUUCAGAUAGAUGUUAAAUACAGAGAUAAUUUUUUAGUACAGUAUGUGUAUGGUUUUAACGCAAGUGACUAUGCAUACUUCUUAUUAAUUCAAAAACAUUCUCAUCUUGCUGGAAAUGAGGAACUUGGUUAUGUGUCCCGUUUAGCCCGUACAUGUGUCAAUGAUGACAACUACAAUAGUUAUACUGAAGUUACUUUAGAAUGUCAUGUAAAGGAGGAAACUAUUAAUGGUAAGAUUGAAAUUGUUAAUUAUAAUUUAGUUCAAGAUGCUAAAAUAGCUAAAGCAGGUGUAAAGUUAGCAGCACAGUUAGGCAUCGAGACUGGUGAUCCAAUUCUCGUUGCUUUGUUUAGCCCAUCAAAAGGUAUCAGUAAUGAACCAAUAGCUAAGUCUGCUAUUUGUGUGUACUCCUUACAAGAUAUAGAAAUUAAGUUUAAUGAAAAUGUUCAUAUGUGUUUUAAUGGUAGUACAAAGGCACGAAAUAUGGGAUACAUAUCAGGUAUGAUAUCUGAUGGUAAAUGUCCAAGUGUAGGUUCCACUGGUAAUAUACUUAAUUUUUGUGAGGUAGGUCUCAAAAUUAGUGGACUGUACCCUAUUAAAACAAUGUCAGUGAUUAGUUGGAAUGAUACAUUAAUUACUUCUGUAACUAUGUCUGUAACUGGCUUACAUACUGUGGCUUUCCUUGGUACAAGUGAUGGGGUAUUGAAAAAAGUGCUAAUUGAUGCUGAUAAAGCAUUAGAAUACUCUAGUGAAGUGCUCUUACCUGGACAAAAAAUACUUCCAGAUACUACUUUGUCACCAUAUCAAAAAUCUCUUUAUAUUUUAGCCAAAAAUUCUAUUGUACAGAUACCAACUGAGAAGUGUGCAGAACAUGGCAAUUGUUCAUCAUGCCUAGAAUCUAAUGAUCCACAUUGUGGUUGGUGUUCAUUAGAAAAGCGAUGCACAGUCCAAAGUAUGUGCCAAAAAGGUACCCAAAGUGCACCUAGAUGGCUAUCCCAAUAUACAGGGCAGCAAUGUAUUGAUUUUGAACAGAUAUUACCAGAAAGAAUUUCGGUUAAUGAAGUAACUACAGUGCAACUUGUUAUAAGAACAUUACCAGAACUUCCCUUUGGGGCUAAAUAUAAAUGUGUUUUCGGUAACGCUCCUCCUAUUGAUGCUGCAGUAACUUCUAAUGGCUUAGCAUGCCCUACACCAGAUAUAAAACAUAGGCCAAAAAUUCCACAAGAUCAAGACCAUGUAUAUGUCCCUCUUUCAGUACAUUCUUCAGAAACCAAUAAAGAUUUUGUUUCUCGAAACUUUGCUUUUUAUGAUUGUGCUAAGCACACUACAUGUCAUAGCUGCAUAAUGAGUGAGUGGGCGUGCAAUUGGUGUAUUUAUGAUAACAAAUGUACACAUGACACAUUUGUAUGCCAAAGAACUGUCAUAAGUGGAGAAAAUAACCCAACAAAGUUGCUUAAUCAUGGCAUUGGUCAUUGUCCUCGUAUAAGGCAGUAUAAAAAACCAGUAUUAUUACCUAAUAAUGUUCCCAAGGAGUUGGAGCUUGAAGUGGAAAACUUACCUCAUUUACAACCCGGCCAUUUUGGGUUUCAGUGUUCAGUUAGUAUUGAAUUAGCUAAUAUGGUCAUACCAGCUAGAGUGGAAUCAAACCAUUUCAUUGUUUGUGAUAAAACAACUUAUUCAUAUGAAGGAUAUGUUGGUGAGUAUAAUGUGAGUGUCAAAGUAUACUGGAACCAUAAACAUUAUAUAGAUACAAUUAACAUAACAUUAUAUAAGUGUGAAAUUCUUGGAUCCCACAGAGAUCAUGCUGAUUGUUCUCUUUGUAAAACACGAAAUUCUAUUUAUCAAUGUACAUGGUGUGGUAAUUCAUGUUCCUAUAGUGAGUCUUGUCUUGAAGAUCCAAUAACUGCAUGUCCUAAACCUAGAAUAGAUAUGAUAAAACCACUAAGUGGGCCUAUUGAAGGAGGAACUAUUGUUACUAUAGAAGGCAGCAACCUUGGCUUAAGAGUUGAAGAAGUGACAGGAAAGGUUAAAAUUGGUGAUGUGUUGUGCGAUAUAGUAGAUUUUGAAGUAUCAGUCAGCAUUACUUGUCGUACAGGCCCAUCUAAUGGCUCUAUUGUUGCACCAGUUAUUGUAGAAAAUGAAGCUGGUUACACUGAAUCAAGUGUACUGUUUAGUUAUAAAAAUAUCAAAUUACAGGGUAUAUACCCUGGGCUUGGUCCCGUUUCUGGUGGGACUCAAUUAGCAAUUGGUGGACAACAUCUGAAUAUUGGUUCAGCUGUUUCUGCAUAUUUGGACGAAUUACCAUGUGCUGUCAAUAAAACACAAACAUCUAACAGCAGAUUAAUUUGUGUUACUCCAAAAGCUAAUUCUCCUCGAGUGAUACGUAAAAUUACAGUUGUUAUUGACAAUGCUAAUAGGACUUUAAAUGGAAAUUUAUUUAACUAUACAGCAGACCCUACUAUUAUGGAAAUAAAACCAUUAAAAAGUUUUGUAUCUGGUGGAAGAAUGAUAACAGUUCAUGGUACAAAUUUACAUACUAUUCAAAAACCCUUAAUGAAGUUAUAUUUUGCAGAAGAGAUAGUUCCCAUUAAUUUCACUUCCUGUGUAGUCCUUAAUUCAAAUCAAAUGGAAUGUCCUAGUCCUGCAAUAAACAAGAAAUAUGAUGAGAUUAUACAAGCAACUAAGUCACAAACAAGUACUCCACAAAUAGUAAUGAAGGUUGGUUUUGUAAUGGAUAAUGUGACAACAGUUCAUGAUUUAGAAAAGUACUUUAAUCCUUUAAGAACUUAUAUGGUGUUUGUUGAAGAUCCUCAUGUUUAUCAAUUUCCCAACCGCAUUAAAUCUUAUAAGGGUGAUCCCUUAGUUAUAGAAGGGGAAAAUUUAAUAAGAGCAAGUGAUGAAUCAGAUGUGGUUGUUACAAUUGGUACACAACCAUGUAAUGUCACCAGUUUGACUAUGCAACAGCUGCUGUGUAACCCCCCUGAAAUACAACCCUCGAACACAGAUGAAAAUGGUGUACAGCUAACAGAUAUUAAUUUACCAUUAGUUGUGGUUAAAGUUGGAAAGAAUUUAAGAUUUCCAAUAGGGUACUUACACUAUGAGUUGCUACGUAAUUAUAAUUUUCCACCUGAAGCUAUAGCAGGAAUUGCCGCUGGAACCAUCUUUAUAGUACUUAUUUUUAUGAUUGUGCUAGUUAUGUACAGAAGGAGGAGUACAAAAGCUGAGAGAGAAUAUAAGAGAAUACAAAUUCAAAUGGACACAUUGGAAAGUAAUGUGAGACUUGAAUGUAAAUUGGCUUUUGCAGAACUGCAAACUGAUAUGUCUGAUUUGGCAGCUGAUUUGGAACAUUCUGGUAUUCCAACUCUUGACCAUGUUAAUUAUGUAAUGAAGGUUUUCUUCCCUGGAGUAUCUGACCAUCCUAUAUUAAAUGUACAACGCCAAUUUAUAAAUACUCCUCGAACUAAUUACGAUGCGGCCAUGAUUCAAUUUGAACAACUUCUUAAUAACAAAUGUUUCCUUCUGUCAUUUAUAGAUACAUUAGAGGCCCAAAAGUCAUUUAACAUUAGAGACAAAGUAAAUGUGGCUUCCCUUCUUAUGAUUAUACUAAUGGGGAAAAUGGAAUAUGCCACAGACAUACUUAAAUCCCUACUGCUACGACUUAUUGAAAAAUCUGUUUGUAACAGACAUCCUCAAUUAAUGUUGCGAAGGACAGAAAGUGUUGUAGAAAAAAUGUUGACUAACUGGAUGGCUUUAUGUAUGUAUUACUACCUUAAAGAUUACGCAGGCUCUUCAUUAUUUUUGCUAUUUAAAGCUAUAAAACAUCAAAUAGAAAAAGGUGUUGUCGAUGCUAUAACUCAUGAAGCACGUUAUUCAUUAUCUGAAGAAAAACUUUUGAAAGAGCAAAUUGAUUACCAAUUUGUAACUUUACAUAUAGUACAAGAUGAUUUUGACGAUAAAGUUCAAUGUAAAGUUCUAGAUUGUGAUAGUGUAUCGCAAGUAAAAUCAAAAAUAUUAGAUGCUUUAUUUAAAAAUACUCCAUUUUCUAUGCGUCCUUCCGUCCACGAAGUUGAUUUAGAAUGGCGGCACGGCAGAGGUGGCCAUGUUACUCUUCAGGAUGAAGAUGUUACAACAAAAACAGUCAAUGGUUGGCGAAAAUUAAAUACGUUGGCUCAUUAUGGAGUCAAAGAAUCUGCUAUCAUGUCCUUGAUCCCUCGCCAAAACGACAGUUUCAAUACUCCUUACAAAAUACCCUGUAAAAACUGUACUGGUAUUUAUUGCUCCAAUUCCCACAUAAGAGUUUAUAAUAGUGAUAUAACUGAUCAAAAUGUCCACUUUUACCAUUUGGUUAAACCCAUUGAGUAUCAACACAUCAUAAAUAAAUCUUCUGAACAUAGUCACAAAGCUAUACCAGAAAUAUUUCUCACCAGACUACUUUCUACAAAAGGCACAGUACAUAAAUUUGUUGAUGACUUCUUCAGUACUAUACUGACAGUCAAUGAGGUAUUGCCUCCGGCUGUCAAAUGGUUAUUUGAUCUUUUUGACGAUGCUGCAAGAGCACACGGUAUUAUAAAUCCUGAAGUGGUACAUGCAUGGAAAUCAAACAGUUUACCACUGCGUUUUUGGGUUAAUCUUAUAAAAAAUCCCGAUUUUAUUUUCGAUAUUAACAAAACAGCAACUGUUGAUUCCUCUCUUUCUGUGAUCGCCCAAACUUUUAUGGACGCGUGUUCAUUAACAGAACAUCGCCUGUGCAAGGAUUCCCCGUCCAAUAAAUUACUUUUUGCAAAGGACCUACCCACGUACAGAGAAAUGGUUAUUGAAUUUUAUCAAGCAGUAUCACAAUUACCUCAAGUAACAGAUCAAGAGUUAAGCACAUCUAUGCAACAACUAUCAGUGGAACAGUUAAAUGAGUUUGACACUCUGUCGGCUCUAAAAGAAUUAUAUAUCUAUGUCAGUAAAUACAGAGAGCAAAUUAUGUUAGGGUUAGAAAAUAAAAUGCACUUAGCUCAUAAAUUAGAUAAUAUAGCAUGUACUAUGGAAGGUGAUCCAACUUCUAUAUGCUGA